AUGGGUGUCCCUAAUCAGGAUUCUAAUGCCAACCCUCCUUUAGUUUGGAUUCUAGGAUGCAUCCACAUUAAUCUUGAUAAAAGUGGAGGCAGAGGGGUUCCAAAGAUGUUUCUGGUUGCCAUUAGAGAAGGUGGGAGGCUUAGUUUGAUGUCUACCAUAAUCAAGGGUGCCAAGGAAUUCAUUGAUGGAAAUUGA